CUGAAUUGCCUCACCAAUCUUCACGUGAAUUUGUGAGAGCAGAGCUUCCAGAGAAGUUUAGACAAAUCGACCUUGGCUUGUCUAUUUGAUAUAAAGCAUGGAUGAAACCACUUCAAAGCGACCAAUAUCACCGCCAGAGUUAGCUUCUGGUAAGAAGAAAAAAGUACGCUACGAGUCACAAAAGCUAUAUGACCAGAAGCGUGGGAAAACUAGAAUAAAUAUCGGCGUCGCCUUCACGCGCUGGAGACAGCUUCGUAACAACAAAGGACUGAAGUCUGAUGCAGAGUUGGCAACAUUUCUUCUCGACCGGUAAGUAUGAACUUUCACACAGUUAGCAGUUAGCUGUAACCAAGAGGUCGUAAUUAAAAUGGUUCGAUGCUAAGUUUUAUGGUUAAUGGGUCCUCCUCGGUUGUAUAGCCUGCUGUUACGUUGUUCUGUGAGUACAAACGUUAUAUUGUCCCUCAACUUGUAGAUAAACGGUGAUAUGACCAUUAGCCGCCGUGUUAGGCGUUGUCAUGACUACAAAGGUAGUUCUCCUACAACGAAGAAAGACGAUGACAUGUAACAAUGUGCGACCAUGGACCAACAAUUUAUUGUGUGCGACUGUCUGUAUAUUCAUUUUUUUUAUUAUUGCCUCCUUACCCAAACUCAGAGUAUAAAAACACAUUGAUAAAAAGCCAAGAGAAGCGGGGAGGGGGAGGGGGUCUUACAGCCGGCACGUUAGACAUCUCAUAUGGCGAAGAACGACACAGACCAGAAGCAAGGAAACAGAAACUGAUUGUAAAACAUGGUAUAUGUUGGACUUAAUCCAUGUAUUUUCUUCAUUAAUGUAAUAUUCUUUUAAUAUGUUAGAAAAAAAUUAAGCAGAAAAUCUGGAUAAGAGGUGAAGAUGUUUGUACUGCUGCUGUCCCCGGUCUGUGUCACGUGACCUGCACUGGCCGCGAACAGGUCUCUCGCAGAAGUUCAGCAGUGGCUAACCGGUUUGAUAAAAGCAUGAAUACAUCCAACACCACGCAGGUCUGGAAUAAAUGUAAUAAAACCCACAAAUAAGAAACCUGGAUCUAUUUUAAGCUGUAAUACAACUCAGAAAUUAUUACAAUGACGGCAAAUUCCGCUAGUGCACUUUCGCGUGAUGGACAUGAUGUUCUCUACUAACACUGGAACUGCUCCUUGAUGGCCCGCUACUGUUUCAAUAUUCCUAGGAGAGCGUAAAAAACGUUUUGGCUGGUUGAAGUGUUUUCCGACGCGCUCUCUAUCAGCUGACGGAAGUGUGGUCAUCUGUGUGUGCGCGUAUCAUGCGUGUGGCAUCAGGGUGGAACUUGGAGCGACAGAGCGCAUAUAUCACAUGCCGUCAAUGUUUUGAUCAUAACACAGUGUCUGUGUUUUAUUAUCAAAAGACUUUUUUUCACUGUAUGAACACACAUCCUUUUCCUUCUCUGGAUACAUCCUGAGUAAAGUUUGGUUUGGUCUGUGUAUCUCACUUUCCUAAAUGCUUAGUGCAAAGCGUCACACGUGAGGUCACAGGCUCAGCAGGUAUGUCCUAGCUACAUUCAUACUGCGCGUCUUGACACUCACAUCUACUUAUGGCAGAAAUGAGAUUUGCUUGCUUGGUUGUUCACAUUUUCUGUUAUUUCAAAACGGAAUUGACAUUGAGACAUCUGCUAACUUGCACUAUUAUUUACAGUAUGUCACUUUUUUGUGAAGUGCAGAAACAUUCUAUCUACUUUAGUCAGUCAUUUCUGUUUCCUUUUUUUUUAUAAGAUUUGAAAAAGGUCCUCAAACAUCAACGCCAAUGAAGAGAGGUGUUUGGCACGCAGACACCAUAUCAAGCAUUGCAUCAAGUGAUACAGACGAGCAAGGAGACAAGGCAACAUCGGAACUUGCUGAAGCAGACACAACAAAGCCUCAUGGAUUGGCUGAACUUGAAUGGAGCCUAACUGAGAUGAGCAUUGAUGAUGAACAACAUGUUGAUGAAGGAGCCAUCAAUGAUCUGAGAAAUAGCGUAAUUGACUGGGCUGGUGACGCUCCCCUUGAAAGGCCUAUACAAACGGAGGAAAUGGACAUCGGAGAUGAAGAGGAUAUGCCCUCACUUUCUAUCAAAUUCGGAGGCGCUUUGAAUCAGGUUCCAUCCCUCGACAAACUUCCAGUAAUUGGUUUGGAUGAGACGGUGCAUGACUUGAUCCCAGAACUGGAUCCUGUUCCAGAGACGUGCACAUACAGUGACUCGGCAUGUGAUCUCAGGCUCCCCCAAGUAAAGACGGCAGAACAUAUUGUAGGAGCUAAAGCGUCCAUCAUUUAUGAGGAAUGCUUGAGGCACCUGGCUUCUUUUGUAACUUUGCCAGUUCAAAAGUGUGCCAAAUUGAAAGAGACGGGUGAAGUAUGUCAGCAGUGCCCACCAUACAGAGUCCACAUCAAAGAGAGAGGCACAGCAAGUGUUUUAGAAUGGAUCUGUGCUGAUGGACAUCUUGUGUGGCAAUGGGUUUCACAGCCUGUAAUGAAAUUUGGGAUGCAGGCUGGUGACUUCAUGCUUUCAACAAACAUCUUGUUGUCUGGAAACAAUUACAACAAAGUAGCACUACUCUUCAAGUUCAUGAACAUGGGAAUGGUUGGAAGAGGAACGUUCUUUUCCAUCCAAGACACAUACUGUGUCGACACAGUUAAAAGUUACUGGAUGCAGAAAAGGGCUGAAGCCAUAGCUAAACUGCAGAGAAAAGAUGUUGUGGUCCUUGCUGACGGGAGGAAUGACACUCCAGGACAUUGUGCACAAUACUGCAGUUACACUGCAAUGGAGAAUGAUACACGGGAGAUCAUCAGUGUUGUAACUGUAGAUAAGAGACAGACCGACAGAAGAUCAACUGUUAUGGAAAAGGAGGCCUUCAUUCGAACAGUUGAUCAGCUUAUGGCUGAGGUGAAGCUGGUGGAAAUCUGUACAGAUGCCCACUCACAGAUUAGUGCUGUCAUGGAUCCUGAAAAGGGGAGGUAUAAGGGACAUGGAAUAAAUCACAGUCUUGACAUGUGGCAUGGAGCUAAAAACCUGGCCAAAAAAAUCGCUGCAGCUGCCAAGAUAAAGGAACAGUCGGCUCUACUACUAUGGCUAAAGGACAUUGUAAAUCACUUUUGGUGGUGUUGCAAAAAAGCAGAAAACUUUGAAGAGUUCUUGAUACUGUGGGUUGGAAUAAUCCACCACGUAUGCAAUGAGCAUGAGUGGGCAACUGGCCAGUGUCAACAUGGUCCAAUUGAGGAAGCCCAAAAGGAGUGGAUAGAGAAAGAUUCAAAGGUUCAUGAGGCGCUUGUGGAUAUUGUUCUGAAGAAGCGGUGGCUGAAGGAUAUCCAUAAGUACUUGCGUUUUAGAUCUACAGCUGACUUGGAGAGUUUUCACAACCACGUCCUCAUGUAUGCAAGCAAGCGUUUUGCUUUCACUCCUCCAGUCUAUGAAGCCCGUGUUAUUCUGGCUGCCCUGGACUACAACUUCCAUCUUGGUCGGCCAACAAGACAGAGAGCAGAUGGCUCCAACAUGUACACACGGAUUUUCAGAAAAAAUGCAAAACGUUAUAGCGUUUAUGCAUUGAAGACACCAAAAACAUAUGGCUACAUUCAAGCGCUGCAGACUGAGGUGGUGAAGUGUAGAUUGGAAGCAGAUAAAGGCAUGCCAAGAACACGGACACUGAGGCCAGAUGAUCCACGCAAGCUCGGUCGACUUCCACCUGUACCUCCCCCAUCCGUUGAAGAACUUGUACAAACACAAGUGAAAAGGGGUCUCGGUCCAGAAUUCAACACCAAUCCUCCUUCUGUAUAAGGAUGUUUCAGACCUACGAUGACGACCAACACAGAGUAGAAAGCAGUCUGCAGAUGCAGAAUCUACAUCAUAGCAGAUACUGACGAGCUCCUGCUCCAUUCCUCCUCUCUGAUGAACAAGACUCGGAGUCCCACACUUGAUUCAGGACCUCAUCUGCCAACCCAGAGGAAGUAUUCCAGCCUUUUCCCUCCGAGGACCAUGCUCUCACGUGUGGAGAUGAUUCUCAUCCCAGCAACUCCACACUAGACUGAUCUGCUCCAGUGACAGCAGAAGUUCAUGGCCAAGGUCUCCAAAAAGCAAACAUCUGAUGCUUAGGUCACAAAAUCUGCCCCCUCAUCCCCAUUACUGCAUCUAAUAAUUAUUUCCAUAACUGUAAUGAACAAAAAAAGUGGAUGUGUAUUCAGUCAGUGGUGUUUGCCACAGAUAAAACAUCGUCAAGAAGGAUUGAAUAUCUGUUGUGCAAUCAAAAUUUCACAUCCUUUGUAUGGAUAUAUGGCUUUUUUUUUUUGUAGAUAGGCUUUGGUCUAUGGGGUUUUUGUUGUGUAUAUACUGUGUAUUGCUGCUGUUGCAUCAGUUAUAUUUAUCUA